GGAGCUCUUGGGCUGCACCAGGGGGAGGAAGGUGACAAUAAAAGGGGUGAGGAGGGAGCCCCGAGCAGCAGUGACCUGCAGGAGGAGGCUGCUGUGAGCAGGGAGCUGCGAGCAUGGGACCUGCAGAGCUGCUGAUCGCUGGCCUGGCCUGGAGCGUGCUGGGGACUGCAGCUGCCACCGAGCGGAGCUGUGCAAAGCCUGCAGAGAUUGAACACGGCCACGUGGAGCACCUGGUGGUCAGGUACCGCUGCGACCCAUACUACCGGCUGCGCGGCUCCGAUGAUGGGACAUACAAAUGUGAUGGGAAUCAGGUGUGGGUGAGUCCUGAAGCUGGUAAGGAGGUGCCUGUCUGCGAGCCAGUGUGUGGGAAGCCGAAGAACCCCCCCAGGCAGAUGCAGCGCAUCAUUGGGGGUCUGCUGGCUCAGAAGGGCAGCUUCCCUUGGCAGGCCCGGAUGGUGACCCGCCACAACCUCACUGUGGGGGCCACACUUAUCAGUGAUCAGUGGCUGCUAACCACUGGCAGGAACGUGUACCUGAACCACAGCGAGAACACCAAUCCAGAGGAAAUCGCCCCUACGCUGCAGCUGUUCCUGGGCAGCCGGGAGCAGCCCGCCUUGGGCAUCGAGCGCAUUGUGCUGCACCCCGGCUACCCACAGGCUGUGGACCUGGCCUUGCUGAAGCUCAAACAGAAGGUGCUUGUUGGAGAGGAAGUGAUGCCCAUCUGCCUGCCCCAGAAAGACUACGUGCAGCCAGGGCGGGUGGGCUAUGUCUCAGGCUGGGGCCGUGGUGCCACCUUCGCCUUCUCUGACAUGCUGAAGUACGUGAUGCUCCCAGUGGCUGAGGACAAGCAGUGCCAGGAGUACUACGGGGCACGGAAUGCAUCCUACUGGGUGCAGCCCAUCCUCAGCAACGAUACCUUCUGCGUGGGCAUGAGUGAGCUGCGGGAGGACACCUGCUAUGGGGAUGCUGGUGGGGCCUUUGCUGUGCAGGACCCUGAUGACGACACCUGGUAUGCAGCUGGCAUCCUCAGCUAUGACAAGACCUGCACGGCCUCCAAGUAUGGUGUGUACGUGGACGUGCAGCACGUCUUGGCCUGGGUGAAGGAGACAGUUACAGCCAGCUGAGGGGCCACGGGGGAAUAAAACUGUCCUGCCUCGGGCUGCAGGCUGUGUCUCUGUGCA